AUGAGCUGCCCAGCCCAUCGCAAAUACCCGCUACGGCAACCGAAAAACUACAGGCCUCCAGUCCCUCGCUGGCAACUGCAGCUCCCACCGGGCGUCGACCGCGUCUACACCAUCUACGUCGGCGUCCAGCAACACGCAGCCGACGCACCAACCCAAGCGGCAGCAACGAGAGCAAAAGAACUAAUCCUGAACUGGAUCGACGCCACCCGCCCGGAAGCCCACGAAGCCUUCACCGUCGUCGAAGGCAACGACGAGCCCGCGGGCCGCGCCGACGUCUGGGUCUGCUACUUCACCGACGCCACAGCCUACGAGCGGAGCGCGCGCGCCCUCGCCCUGCCCGCCCUCUACCACGCAUCCAUCGGCCCGGGAUCAUCAAGCAGCAACAACGUCGGCCUGUGGUGCGAGCGCUUCGCCACCGCGGCAUCCCGCCUCGAAACCAACUACUCCGGCCUCGACUACCUGCCGGGACUGGCCCGCGUGGGCGGCGGCGCGACGCCCGUCGAGCACACCUACUCGGCUUACUGGGGCGCCGCGAGGGACCGCAUCCCGGACUCGGCGCACGACCUGUUCGUCAGAUGUCCUGACGACGAGCUGCGCACGACGACGGUGCCGCCGUCAAUCAUUCCCGAUGGCCGCGGAAAGCGGCUCGUGGGGACCAACUACGAGAACAUGGUGCACAUCCGCUCCGGGCAGUUCUGGGAGGGCUGCGGCGACGACGAGGCCGAGGCGUACGAGUCGGUGCUCGAGCCGGCGCUGAUGACGGGGCUGCGGUACCUGUGGGCGAACCAGGCCGAGACGGGGACCGUCGGGCUGCGGUUCGUGCGGAACGCGGACGGCGCCCAGACGGAGAGGAAGGAGACGUGUGCGGCAGGCUUCUUUCGGAGUUUGGAGGACCUCGAGAAUUGGGCGGAGAGGCAUCCCUCGCACAAGGCGAUAUACUUGGGAGCCAUCAAGCACGCGAAAACGUUUGGGCCGGAGAGGAAGAUGAGGACUUGGCAUGAGGUUUCCGUCUUGAAGGCCGGCGAGGCGCGGUUCGAGUACGUCAAUUGUACACCAAAUACGGGCGUGAUUCGCUUCGUGGCUUUGGAUGCGGAAGAUUUGUAG